ACGCAAAUUGGCUACCGGCGCAGAGUGAUCGCAGUCUGUACAGGAAGUGUCUGUCCAUCUGGUUCGCCCAGGACAAACUUCCCCACUACAACCUGUGCUUAUCAUCUUAUUACUCAUCACUUAUUUAUUCCAGCUUUUAAUAUAUAUAUUUAAUUUCAACGCAUAAGACUGCCAGGAGAGUGAUCAGAAGCCAGGUCUUUGGAAUACUAAUAAGAGUUCUUGGGAAUGUGACAGCACCGUUUUAAAACUUAAUAAGGUCUGCUGAACAUAUAUCCCGAAUAGAUCAGGAGCCUGCAGUGAAAUGCAAGACAUGGCAAGCAAAUAAACUCCGUCAUCUUCAUACAGUUUUUAUGAGACGUGAGUUGCAGACAGACGGAGCGAAUCGGUCGGUUUCUGAGGGCAGGUUUUCUCUCUGUCUAAUGUACAUGUGUGAAGGGGUUAAAGGGCUUCUUAAUGCCGGAUAGCCGGCAGCGCAGCUCGUCCUGCAUAGUUCAUUACCCCGAUGAUCGUGAGAUAACCACGCCACACCACCUGCAAAAACAGAUACCCAAAUUUGUACAGCACAAAACUUUGUUUUCGCCCCUGCAACUACAAUGGAGUCCUAUAUCAAGUUCACAAACCAAACCCAGGGAAGGGAUCGCAUUUUCAGUGUUCAGGCUGGGGAACACCGUGAGCUCGGUGGACGCGGCGGCCCAUGCACUGCAGCUGACGGACCCGGUGCUGCAGCUCUGCCUGACCGGCGCCCACCUCAGCCGUGCCCUCUACUUUGCGUGUGACAAUCUGCUGUGGGCCCGGGCGGUGGGCUUGGCCCCCGGGUUUGACAAGGAGCGGUGGGGCCUUCGCGCCUCCUCCUGCUACCUCCUGAGCCUGCUGCUCAGCCUGCUGCGGGACGCCUACGUUCUGGCCCGGCUGGCCGCCUGCUACGCCCGGGAGCGGCGGCGCUGCCGCCAGGCCCCCCCACCUCCCAGCAGCACCGACAACGGCUCGGCCUGCUGCCACCCCCCAGGUGACGUGCUUCCGUCUGACCUGAUGGAGGCACUGUGGGCCAGCCCAGCGGUGACCCUGGACGUGGUGAAAAAUGCGUGUGACCUCUUCAUCCCGCUGGACCAGCUGGGCGUGUACCGGAGCGGCGCCGGUGUGGUGGGCCUGUGCGGCCUGCUGUCCUCUCUCAUAGGAAUAUUAACACUGCUGGAGCCCCGUCUGAAGCUGAAGCCGUGAUGGUGCAGAACUCCAGAGGUCGGCUCUGCUCCGAUCGUAUCUUCUCACGGCAGUGUGUUCAGCCGGCGGCUCUAUUACUGGUGCAAGAGGUCGAUUUUCUUAUUCACGAGGGAUUUCUUUCCAGUGUUUGUCUAGGACUAAUGUCAAUAAAUCUGACAAAAGUCAGAUGAUCACACUGAUCUGGCAGUGGCAGUGUUGUUAGAAACCUGAAUAAAAUGAGCUGCUGUGU